GCCGCUCGUUGGGACCAAAGACCGGGUCGUGAGGCGGCGGUGGAGGACCAGGAGGACCAGGAGGACCAGGAGGACCCACCCAAGCUGUGCCUCGGCCUGACCGUGAGCCGCUGGCCGCCGGGGAGCGGGAACUGUUGCUCGGCGGGGGCUGCGGGCCGCAGCGACGGGCGUCUCGCCGGUGAACGUUGGGGGGGAAAAUGGGCUGCCUGUUCUCCAGGAAAUCCAAAGCGAAAAAACAGGAAAAGCCGGCGGUGGAGGAAGAGCCGCUGAAGCAGUACAGCUGGGACAAGCGGGCCAAGGAGAUUGAUGUUAAGGACUAUAUGCUGGUCGGAUUAAAGGAUCAGACAGUGGGACGGUUGCCAGGUAAAGUUGCUGGCGAGCAGUUUGUCAUUGAAGACUGUGAGAACUGCAACAUCUAUAUAUUUGACCACUCUGCCACCAUCACCAUAGACGACUGCACCAACUGCAGGAUAUUUCUGGGACCUAUCAAGGCCAGCGUGUUUUUCCGCAAGUGCGUAGACUGCAAGUGUAGCGUGGCUUGUCAGCAAUUCCGAAUGCGGGAUUGCAGAAAGAUGGACAUUUUCCUCUGCUGUUCCACACAGCCCAUCAUUGAAUCAUCGUCGAGCAUCAAGUUUGGUUGCUUUCAAUAUUACUACCCGGAGCUGGGCUAUCAGUUCAAAGAUGCAGGCUUGAGCAUCUUCAACAACAACUGGAGCAACAUCCAUGACUUCACCCCUUCUUCAGAUGAGAACAACUGGGUGUUGCUGGCCGAAGACACGGUACUUCAUGAUUUUAUUCCUCAUCCUGAUUCUGAGGAGCUGAAAGCGGUUCGGAUCUACACUGAGUUGAACAGGAGCAUUGUUCCAGUCACACGAGGCCAGAGACAAAAGAGCAGCGAGGAUUCCUGCUUAGUUGUGUUCUUUGCUGGAGAUUACACAACAGCCAAUGCCAGGAAGUUAAUCGAUGAGCUGGCUGCAAAGGAUAUUGCUCUUGUUCAAACCAAAGAAAUCUCAAUGAGACCAGAUGAUUGCAACAGGGUAUUCAAAGAGAAAGCAGCAGACUUCAUUCCAAUGCUUCAGCAAGGUCCUGUUGUUGCUUUGGAAUUUAAUGGAGAUGGUGCAGUGGAGGCCUGCCAUAAAAUAAUCAGUUCUGUGUUCAGCACUUCGAAGGUGUUUGUUUCUGAAAGCAAAGAUUCAGCAUCCCAAGAUGUGGACAAUUUCUAUAACUAUGCUGAUAUACAGAUGACGAUGUAAAAAUGAACCAAGGAUCGUGCGUGAAUACCUGAUCUGUAGAUUGUUAUUUUCCUAUUGUAGAAUGUCUUAACGUUGAACUACUGGAUAUAAUAUUGUGAAGUAAGAGUUUUUAGCAAAGAUUUUAACAUCCUGAAUGUAAUGUUUUCAAGGUAAUGCUAGUCAAAAUAUAACAAAAUAAUUUUAUGCAUUUUAUGUACAUUUUAAAUGUAGCCUGUUUUUGCUAAAGCAAGAAUUGUUUAAAAGCAAGCAACAGGUUCCUGGAGUACUUUAAAAAAAAAAUUUGAUGUAAUCGUAGAGUAUUACUGUCGAGAUCAAAAUAUUUGGCCUAUUACACCUUUAUUGAUUUUAAUCCCCAUUCUGCCCUUUUAAGGAUUAUUCACUCAUUCUCCAAAUGGAACAUUAGCUGAAGAGAAUUUAUAGGUGACACAAUGUGGUACAGUGUAUAGAACCACUGCUUCAUUGCCCCAACAACUAGGUUCAAUCCUGACCUUGUGCUCUUUCUGAGGUUCACCCCGUGAUAAAGUGGAGUUUGUCCGUUUUCCCUGACUUCCUCCCACAUCCCAAAGGCAAAACCGUCAGUUGAUUAAAUGGCUGCUAUAAAUCUCGCUGGUGUAGUGAGUGGGUGGUUGAUUGGAAUAAAAUGGGGUCACUGUAAAUGGAUACCUGAUAGUUAACAUGGAUCCACAUGGCCAGAUAACCUAUUUCCAUGUCAUAUGAAUACGACUCUUAAAAAUAAAUGUCCCAUCCCGUUUGCACCUUCAUUGACAUUUGCCUUUGUGGCUCUGAACUCAAUUUAGUUUUCUUCUUUGUAGGUUACUGUACUUUAGGCAGUGACUUGGAGUUCUCCAGGAUCUUAAAAUAAAAGGUACACACAAAAUGCUGGAGAAAAGAAAAAGGUUAAUCAAGAGAUUUCCCCAGAUAAAUGUUUAAAAAACUGUAGGGACUUCAAACUCCUAAGAAAAUUAGUUUUAAAACAUCCAAUAAAAAUGCUUAUUACUUGG